CGGUCCAAGAAGCCUACAACGAUCCAAUUUUUAUGGAACGGUACGGUAAGUCGAAGAAGCCGAGAGACCGACAGAGACCGAGGUGGGGAGAAAGGGAGCCAUGGAGGCGGGGCUGGAGCAGGUGGCGGAGGUGGAGGGGACGACGGCGACGUGGCUGAAGAAGGACCCCCUGAUGUACACCGCGGCCACCAGGCACCCGAUGAUCCUCAGCAUCCGAGAUGGGUCCAUCGACCUCAGCUCCUUCAGACGGUGGCUGGGACAGGAUUACUUGUUUGUUAGAGCUUUUGUUCCUUUUGUAUCAAGCGUGUUACUGAAGGCUUGCCGUGAGUCCGACGAUAACUCCGACAUGGAAGUCUUACUAAGCGGCUUGGCUGCUCUAAACGACGAGAUUGCAUGGUUCAAGAAAGAAGCCUCCAAAUGGGGCGUUGUACUGUCUUCCAUUGCCCCUCAGAAGGUGAACGAAGACUACUGCAGGUUUUUGGAGAGUUUGAUGGGACCGGACGUCGAGUACACGGUAGCAGUAACCGCGCUUUGGGCUAUCGAGCUCGUCUACCAACAGAGCUUUGCCUACUGCCUCGAAGAGGGCUCUAGGACUCCACCGGAACUUGCCGAGACGUGCCGAAGAUGGGGGAACGAAGGUUUUGGCCAGUACUGCCGGUCACUCCAAAAGAUCGCGGACCGCCGGCUGCUGAGGGCUACCAAUGAGGAACUCAAGAAAGCCCAAGCCGUGUUUUUCCGCGUGCUCGAGCACGAGGUGGAGUUUUGGAACAUGAGUCGCGGAUGAACUCACCAUGUGUGUAGCUUCCUGAGCUUUCAAAGGAGGGCAUGGCCAUGGGGUGGCUAAGAUCACAAUGUUGAUCGAUCUUGUACAUAUUUCUGGACUGUGUGGUCACGUUCGGUGUGGUGGAGUUUUGUCUUAGUGUCCUGUGCGUUCAAUGCAUCAGCUUACCUUCA